AGGGGUAAAACCGUAACAAGGGCAACAGAACUUUCAGUUCGUAACAGACAGCUGCUUACGAAGAGAGGCAACAACUAACCCUUUUCUCUCUCUUAAAGGUCUGAAACAAAAAAACUAAAUCAAUUUCUUCGAUGCUUUAAGGAUGGACGCCGACGAGAGAUUAACGGCUUUGAAGAAGGCGUAUGCGGAUAUUAUACUGAAUACGGCGAAAGAAGCAGCGGCGAGGAUUAUGGUGUCGGAACGGAAAGCUCUUCGGUUCGAGUACGAGCUGAAAAACGCUAAAGAAGACGCGCUUCAGAUGCUUCUGAGACUCAAACAGAUGAUGGAUUCCAAGGCUAAUGAAGCUGCAGUGGCAUCAUGCACACAACAAAAGAAAAUUGAAGAACUGGAAGCACAACUUCAGGAAGCUGAAGACAUUGUGAAAGACCUGAGGGAAGAGUUGAGAGCAGUUGAAGCAGAACUUGAGAGGUUCCCAAGAAGCAAACAAGUAAAGCAUCAUGUACAAGUAGACAAUGCAUCAAUUCCUGAACCCCCUGUUACCGAAGUACAACCCAAUUCAAAAAGCCAGAGACUUUAUAAUUCUUUAUUUCCUUUAAAGAAAUCUUUAAUCAGCAACAGGGAUUUACCUUCUAUAAUCUUGAGAAGCAAAGAAACCGAAUUGUAUAGAAACGGGUGUACUCAAAGAAUCCGAGCAUGCGAACGGACCCCACCAGAAAUAGAUGACACAAAGCCCGAGUCAAUUGUCAAAGAGGAUGAAGUAGUUGAUAAAUUACAUAUAACACCCUCUGUGGAGGAGAAAGAAGUAGUAAAGGAGAUGGAUCUAACGGCUGGUAAUUCAUGUUUGACUUCUCAAACUUCAGUCAAACUUUUAGAGGAAAACUCUGAUAAAGAUUUAGUAAGAACAUGUAAUGGUGAAAGCAGAAUUACAGAGAAAGAUGGAAUAAUGCCACAGAAGAGCACAGAAAUGGAGGUUGAGCCACCAUUAAAGAGUUCAGAAACAAAGGUUCCAAGUCAACCGUUGACUGAUAGAGUUAUCAAGUACACGUUUCAGAGGAAGAGGAAAAGAGGGGCUUUGAUUAAUGGAAGUGGUUCUAGUGAAAGGAGUGAGGAGGGGUCUGAAAAGGCAAACUUACAACAUCAGCAACUUGCUGUAACUCAGCUUGAGAAAGCAAGAUUAUUGAAGCUUGAGGAAGAAAGAUAUUUGAGCUGCUUUAUGCCCCAAAAAAAUGGUGGUGAUAUAACAACAGAUGGUGGAAUUAAAGACAAUCUUACAAUCAUAAAAGGCUUAUAACUUUACUCAACUUGUGUCUAUCAAGUUUAUAUGCUUCAAUUCUCUUCGGCUUAAUAUUGUUCUUAAUUUUACUUUUUAGCCCCUGUACAAUCUGUAGUCUAUGCAGUGUUCUUCACUGCUUGAGAAUUUUCACCUUUAGUGUUCUGAAUGAUGAAUGUUCUUUGCAUAGUUUUGGUUCUUUGGGUUCAACUAUUGUAUCAUGUUAUCUUGUUCAAAAGGGAACGUUUGAUCAUCUCAUUUCUUGUUUAAACUGGAAGGCUAUGACUUAUGAUCA